AUGUCUUCCUCUAACCCAACUGCCACUUUGGCCAAUGGCCAGCCAGCCAAUCCAGGCCAAGUGCAGCAAGUCCGCUAUGGACAAACCAACGGUGGCUUGGUCCUCUUGAGCGAUACCUAUACUAUCGAAAUCCUCGCCCAUUUUGCACGUGAACGCAUUCCAGAGCGGAGCGUGCACGCAAAGGCUGCUGGUGCCUUUGGCGAGUUUGAAGUCCUCGAAGACAUCUCUGAUUUGACCGAUGCAGACUUUCUCACUGGCAUUGGAAAGAAAACCAAGGUUCUGACUCGCAUCUCCACAGUCGGUGGUGAAAAGGGAUCCAGCGAUACAGUUCGAGAUGUUCGAGGUUGGGCAACAAAGUUUUAUACUGAGGAGGGUGUACAGGAUUUCGUCUUCAAUGACCUUCCUGUCUUCUUCAUCCGGGACCCGAUCAAGUUUCCUUCCAUGAAUCGAAGCCACAAGAGACACCCGCAGACCAAUGUUCCUGAUAACUCCAUGUUCUGGGACUUUCACAAAAACAACCCGGAGGCUUCCCUGAGGAACAUCAAUGGCUUUAGUGUUCACACUUACACCUUAAACAAAUCUGAUGGAAGCUACGUCUAUGUCAAGUGGCACUUCAAGCCCGACGAUGGGAUCAAGAAUAUGGAUCCAAAGGUCGCCGUCCGCCUCGCUGGCGAAGACCCAGACUACCAUGUCAAAGAUCUCUUCAAAGCCAUCGAGAAGGGCGAUUACCCAACCUGGUCGGUGUGCAUCCAGGUCAUGAAACCAGAAGACGUCAAGUCGGCGCCCAUUGACAUUUUCGACUGCACUUAUACUUGGCCAUAUGAGAAAUAUCCUCUGCGUCGCGUUGGCCGCUUGACCUUGAAUCAAAAUCCGAGCAAUUAUUUCCAGGACAUCGAACAGGCCUGCUUCUCGCCGUCUAACAUGGUCCCAGGCAUCGGGCCCUCCGCAGAUCCGGUCCUUCAAGCACGCAUGUUCAGCUACCCAGACGCCCAUCGCUACCGUGUUGGCCCCAACUACUUCCAGCUCCCACCCAACAGGCCAACUAACAAGGUGUACGCACCAUAUGUGCGGGAUGGUCCCGGAACCAUCAACGGGAACUACGGGGGUGAUCCUGAUUACGUCUUCUCACAACUCCGUCCAGUUUCCAAGAGCGCCAGGAUUCAAGUGCCGCUUCAAGAAAAAUGGAACGGACAAGUAACGCCUUUUGCGACGUCGGUUACCGACAAGGACUUUGAGCAGGCUCGCAAGCUUUGGGAGAUUAUCUGCAAAGAAGAGAACGGCAAGGAGCAGCUCCUUCAUAACAUCCUUCCCACGCUGGUGGAUAUUCCGGCAAGCCUGAGGAAAGAAGUGCUGGACUACCUUGGACGUGUCGACAAGACCUUGAAGGAUUGCCUUGAGCAAGGACUUAAGGGCAAAUAG